CGUUUCAGAGGAACCGUGGGUUUUCUGGCUCCGGACGGUUUGUGCCGAAAUAAAAUCCCAGAUGAAGAUUCCCAAAAGACGGAAAAGGAGCGGACUGUGCGCCAGAUAAAUGGCUCAUUUAAGCUGGGAGCAGCUCGUGUGCUGUCAAGCUGGCAGAUGCAGUGCCUAGUUCCCGGCCUCCAGGACAACGCCAACAUGAACGGGACGGCCGAGCAGGCCGACAUCCUGCCGCCAAACUGCAUGGUCAAAGACCGAUGGAAAGUGCUGAAGAAGAUCGGAGGGGGGGGGUUCGGGGAGAUCUACGAGGCCUUGGACCUGCUGACCAGGGAGAACGUGGCGCUGAAGGUGGAGUCGGCCCAGCAGCCCAAACAGGUGCUGAAGAUGGAGGUGGCGGUGCUGAAGAAGCUGCAGGGUAAAAACCACGUCUGCAAGUUUAUCGGCUGCGGGAGGAAUGACAAGUUCAACUACGUGGUCAUGCAGCUUCAGGGUCGUAACCUGGCGGACCUGCGGCGCAGUCAGCCCAGAGGAACCUUCACCAUGAGCACCACGCUGCGGCUCGGGAAGCAGAUCCUCGAGUCCAUCGAGGCCAUCCACUCUGUGGGCUUCCUGCACCGCGACAUCAAGCCGUCCAACUUUGCGAUGGGCCGGCUCCCCUCCACCUACAGGAAAUGCUACAUGCUGGACUUCGGUCUGGCUCGGCAGUACACCAACACCACCGGGGAGGUCCGACCGCCCAGGACAGUGGCCGGCUUCAGAGGGACGGUCCGCUACGCCUCCGUCAACGCCCACAAGAACAAGGAAAUGGGUCGUCAUGACGACCUGUGGUCGUUGUUUUACAUGUUGGUGGAGUUCGCUGUUGGACAGUUGCCAUGGCGAAAGAUCAAAGACAAGGAGCAGGUGGGUCAGAUCAAGGAGCGAUACGACCACCGGAUGCUGCUCAAACACAUGCCUUCAGAGUUUCACGUCUUCCUGGACCACGUGCUGGCCCUGGACUACUACACCAAACCAGACUACCAGCUGCUCAUGUCGGUGUUCGAGAACAGCAUGAAGGAGCGAAUCAUCACGGAGAACGAGCCCUUCGACUGGGAGAAGGGAGGAAGUGAUGUCACGCUGUCGACCAGUGCCUCCACCCAACCGCAGCACAACACCCGGCCCACCGCCGCCAUGGUGGGAGCCAUCGUGACGCCGGUGCCUGGCGACCUCCAGAGGGAAAACACCGACGACGUUCUGCAGGACGAGCACCUCAGCGACCAGGAGAACGCCCCGCCGGCCCCGCCCACCCGGCCCCCCGGUGAGCAGGGCCCCCAGCACCCCGGAGAGCCCGGCGAGGCCUGGGAGGACACCGACUUCAACCGCAACAGACUCAGGAUCAGCCUGAGCAAGGGGGCUCAGGAGGAGGAGGCGGGGCGGGCGGCGUGCCCCGUGUCUCCGGGCCGAAGCGGCGCCCCGGAGUCGCCCGGCGGUCAGGUCCGCUCGCUGCGCUACAGACGGGUCAACAGCCCCGAGUCGGACCGGCUGUCCGCCGCCGAGGGCCGGGCCGACGGCUACGGCCAGAGGUCCAGGAUGGACAUCCUCGGCUCUCCGUCCCGUCACGUCUACUCGUCCCAACCCGCUCAGAUGCUGUCGGUCGACGCCGGUUGCCGCGGCGACCGCCAGGCGAGCGGCCGCCAGGAGGCGUCGGUGGCGUCCGUGGACCAGGAGGCGCACAGCAACGCCUUCAUCCGCUCCGUCCCAUUGGCCGAGGAGGAGGACUUCGACAGCAAGGAGUGGGUGAUCAUCGACAAGGAGGCGGAGCUUCGGGACUUCCAGCCAACCACGUCAGGAACCACCGACGAGGAGCCUGAGGAGCUCCGCCCCCUGGAGGAGCAGGAGGAGAGGCGGCGGCUCAGGGCAGGAGGCGGCGAGCUGGUGGUCCGGCCCAAGACGCACACGAGGGACAGCAGCCGCGGCAUGCUGACGCUGACGGAGGAGGAGGCGUCCCGGAGGAGCGGCGGCAGCCCCGCCCAGUCGCCCUGCCACUCACUGCCGUCCGGACGCCCCCGCCGGAGGGAGUCGGAGCCCAUCGGACCUCAAAGACCGGUGUUGUCACCCACGGAGCAGAGCGCCCCAUCACCGCCUUCGCCAGACUAUCGGACCAAGGGCCAGGGUGAUGAGAAGGAACAUUUCCACAUCCUUCCGCAGCUCCAGGCCAAGAGGGCCGACUUCCUCACCGUCAUGCUGACCGGCACCCUGCCUCAGCGCCGGAGCUUUGCUGCUCUGCCGCCUGACAAUGACGUCCCAGAACCUUCCGGGCCAAGGGAUGAUGAUGUCACGAAGAGCGAAUCCAACAGCGAGGCCAGUCAGAAAAGCACCGAGCGCAGCCAGGAUGCCGCGCCCUCCACGCUCAUGGCUGAGGACCAGAAGGGCCAAAGGGAGCCUGCCUCGGCUGGCGAUGCCGACCCGGACUUGGAAGAUGCCUCCAAGACACUGGUCCUGUUCUCACCCGGAGACACCCGCAAGUCACCCUCUGGUGGUGACCAUGUUCUCGAGGGCGAGUUAGCCACACCGUCAGGCCUGCUUCCCCGUAACGACCGCCUCCUGGUGGGGGAGACGAUCCAGCCUGAAUCCGGUGAGACGGGCCGGCUGUCCCCUGCUCUCAGGUCAGAUCUGAGGCCAUCCACUCCUAUUGCUCCAGCAUCACCACCCUUCACCAAAGUUGAGCGCACUUUCAUUCAUAUCGCAGAGACAUCACACCUGAAUGUCAUGUCUUCCAACGGUCAUUCCGUUAAGGACAGUGACCGGGAAGUCUUGGCUAUCACUAAGGAACCCUCUGUGGAGGACGACACACAUGAGAAAGCAGGAGUACUCAAACAACACGAUGUGUCUCAUAGUCCAACAGCAGAACCUCUAGAAGAAUCUACUCCAGACCAAACUUCAGCAGAUAAACACCCCAAAACUGAAAAUGGACUGUCAGUUGUCCCGGCCCAGUCUUUGGAACCUCUCCCAGAAGCCAUUUUGCCAGUUCAGGAACACAAAGAUCUAUCAGAGGAACCCAAAAAGGAACCAUUGUCCAGUGAAGAAGAACCUGCCAGAUUACAGAGAACUCGGGCAGAAUCUCAGCUGACCAUCAAGCCCAGAAUCAGAAGCCGAAUCCCUGUGCUCAUCUCUGAGGAAGACUCUGGUUCAGAGCAGUCCUCCUCACUCUCAGCCCGGGCUCGGCUCCAGCAGCGGGCCAGGCAGCUGGACUUGGCCCGCCUGCUGGUCCAGAAGCAGCAGGGUCGCUGGAUGAGAAGGAGGCUGCUGUCUGGCACAUCAUCCUCACUGUCCUCUGGCGAUGAGGAGCGUCGGAGGGCUUCGGAAACUCUGUCCACAACCGGCUCAGAGGAGGACACGCAUACCUCAGACGAGUCGCUGGCCAGGAGGAGCUCCCGUCUCAAGCCCACGGAGGAGCAGGGCUCCAAGGAGUGGAGGAGCAAGAUCCCCAGGCCUGUCACCCCCAUAAAAAGGCCCACUGGGGGGCUCGCUGCUGCUGUUCCUUCCCCUCUCUCCCUGCCAGGCGCCAGCACUAACAAGGGAGCAUCCCCCUUAAGUAAUGGGUUGCAGAAAAUUGGACUGAGCACCCUCAGCACCCAGCGAAAAACCAAACCUCUGCCGCCCAGGUCCUCCUCCUCUUGCCCCCGCCCCGCCACUGGCCCCGCCCAGCCCGGUAGCCCACGAAUGCCCUUGCGAGUCAUAUACGGAACCCGACGCAGCCUUAGCUCCACCCACUGCAGGACCGAUAGCCCCUCCCCUCAGAGAGUAUGUCCCACCCGGCAGCCCCUCUCAGUCCGAGCCCCCACUGUCCCCAUGCUCCCACCCAGGACUACAACGCCCAUGCAGCGCAGCGCCUCGCAGGACGCCACCACCCUGUCGCCGUCUGGCGCCACGCCCGCCAGAGCCAGGCCCAAAUCGGCCGGUCCUGGUCCUGCGAAGGGUAAACCGCUCACCAGGGAGAAGUCAGUGACUGCUAGAUAAUACAAAGAGACCCGCCGCUGAGGCAUGUUUGUGUUUCGUUCGGUCUUCACACAAGCCAUGCCUCACAAGGUUCCUGCCCCGACUCCAUGUCAAACUGUGACGCUGCGCUGAUCACCUCCUUGGAUCCAAACCAUUCAGUGUAUAUAUAUGUAAACCUUUCUUUUCCAAGGACAGCGAACUGAACUGUCUUCACGGGCUUCCAAUAAAUCUGAGUGACUGUGGUGAGGAGCAUUGCCGCCAUGGUGCUAUGGAUAUGUCUGCUGUUCUCCGGUCAGUCUUUGCUCUAACUUGGGUUCGGGAGCUGAUUUUCCGUUAAAAUUAAGGAGAGAAUCAUCACCUCUGACAAGUUCUGCAGAUUCUUACCACAUACACAACCUGUUCACAGCUAUACUGCGACUCCAUCCAACAGUAUCCUGCUUGGUUCACAUUGCAUGGUGAAGUAUAUCACAAACACUUUGGAGGUGUGUGUGUAUGGAGGGAUAUGUACAAAAAUCUUUAUCUUUCAACAGUUUGAUAUGCUUCUCCCCUUCCUAUUGAGGUACCUAAGCCAAAAAAGAUCUAAACUGAGUGGUUUUAACGAAUGCCCCGACUAUGUUAUCAUGGUAAGACAUUCCUAACUAUAUCCUGUGCUUAUUAUGGUCUUUGGUGACGAGGACGGUUGGAUGUGAACACAAAUAAGAUCGCCAGCCUCCUUCUUAUAUGGUGUGACAAUGGGCAUGCUUUUUAUCAUUCUAUUUUCUGGGUGUUUCCUUUUGUUUUAUGCUCUGAAUUGUAUAUAAUAGAAAUCAUUUCUCAUAAAGACAUCUUUAUUUUUUAUCUUGCAAAGCAAAAGUGUAAAUUUCAAAGUCUUUAACCCCCUCUGUUCCGGUGUGUCGGCACUACGCCUGUUUUUUUACGCAUGAGAAAAACAGGGUUAACCAUGAGAGGAAGUUAUACCUGCCUUGACUCUGACAGUGGAAUGGUUUGCUGUUUUUAUUUAUUUAUUUAUUUAUUUAUUGUUUGGAGCCCAUUUUGUGUUUGUACGGGGGGUAGGUGGGCAGUGCGCUAUAAAAGUAAAGUCUUGGUCAUGUGUGGAAGGGCGUCUUUUCAUUUGUUUCUCACCUGCUUUACAGUGGAGACUGAAAGUGUACCAAAUAUUAUCCACAGGAGGCUUCUGGCUCAAUAAAAAUAAACUGUAGAGCAACAAACUCUGAUGAAACUGUGUUGAUGAAGC